AGGUUAAGUAUUCUCAGAAUUUCUUAUUUAUGCAAGAAUGGACUGCCCAAAAAAAAUCACAUUAGAAGAAUGGGAGAGACAAUUACUACCUAGCGAAAAAGUACAGAAGUUGAUCGAUAAUUGCACGGCGUUAAAAAUGGAACCGGACCUAGUGCAAACUGGCUGGUCAAAGGCUUACGUGUACACCACAGCUGAACGCAAGUAUUCCCAGAUCUGGACCAAGGAAGAUGUCCAUGACAAUGAGCCUAUCUAUUAUUACUACAGGAUUCAAAUCCUUGGACUGAACAAAGACGGAUACAAUGAAGAAGGUAACUACUUAUUUGUCCAAAAUUGGGGAGCGUUUGAUACAAUUAAUCACCGCAAGCGCUCUGAUUACUUACCUCUCAGACAAUGUCUCCAAAAAUUCAUGAUUCAGUCAGGUGAGCGAAGUAGAAAUUAUAUUUUCGCUAAAAUAAAAGAAAAUGACAUCAGUAAAAACGAUCUGCCGGAGCUUGUUCAAGAGCUGAUUGCAAAAUACAUUUUUGACGUUGGUUUUCUCAAGAAAAUGAUCGGCGAGUAUACGUUUGAUGUAAAAAAUACAAUAUCCGCAUUUCUUGAAGUUACCUCAAAUGUCCAGGAAGUUGCAUCUCAAUUGGUUAGUUAUCCACCAGGUUUCAUGACCCAUGUCCCACCCCGAGUAGUAUUGUCUUAUCAGAAAGUGCGUGAAUUAUUGAAGAAGCAAAUAACUUGUGAGCCAACUGAUAAAAUUAACGGCGGGAGCAGGACUUUCAGCCUGAUGAAUUUUUAUUACAAGCAAUUGCCCAUGACAAUUAACUUCCUUGAUAGAAACUCUGAACGCUACAAAAUAAUUGAAAAAUACUUUACUAAUUCGCAGUCAAUGACUUCUGUUGAUUCCUAUAUUUUAAAUGGCAAUCCUCUCAAGUUAAAGUAUAUAUUUGAAAUUGAAAGGCCAUAUGACAAUGACAGAUACACCAAAGAUUUCAAGAACAAGCAACUACUUUGGCACGGAACAAAGAGAUUUAACAUCCCGUCCAUUUUGUACGAGGGUUUUAAAAUAAGUAAAGCAAAACGAGGUUUGUUUGGCGCCGGUACUUACUUUACUAAUGCAGUGACUAAGUCUUGGAGAUAUUGCGGAUCUUACCUUGAAGGAGUUCUUUUUCUUUGUGAGGUUGCCUUGGGCGAAAUUUCGACUGGGAAUAAUGGCUUUGGGAAUGGACACCAGGAAAAUCCAUUACCUGUUGGUAAAAAUUCAGUACAUGGAGUUGGAAACUAUUUUCCGAAUAUCAAUGACUUUGAUAUUAUUGAUGAUGAUGUCUUGGUACCUUAUGGAAGACUUGAAUUUAAAUAUAACGGUGGAUUGGAAUUUGAUGAGUUUAUUGUUUACAAUACCUCUCAAAUAAAAAGAAGGUACCUCGUUACCUUUUAGUUGGGAAUAAUGUUAGUUUCUUGCUUUAGAUUUUAAUUUUACUUCUAUUCAU